AUGGCCUCCAACGAAAAUGUCGAAAUCUACCCUCAAAACUUCCAGCAUGUGGCCUUGGACCGGACCCAGAGCCCAUCCUCUAUCCUCAAGGCAAUCCCAUGUACAACAGCCCCAUCUUACGCACCGAUGGUAACAUUGUCGGCUCUUCUGUCUUCCUCCAUCGGUCCAUGGCCAGUACUGCAACUACAGCUUGCCUACACCAAAUGCUGGAAAGCACUUCCUGAAGAUGCAAAAGCCGGCAGAGCAGCUCCACACGAACAGCAACUGAUUGACCGGACUUUGAUCGAGUGCAAGCAGUCAUACACAUCCCUCCUCGACCUACUACAUGCUUCCUCAGCUGCCCAAGCGAUCGUCGAUCCAGGAUCAGGACGCUCCAUACACCACAAUGCUCUCGCUGCUUCCAUCCAGAGCUUCGGAAGAUAUCUGCCUUCGCACAAUGGCCCUCGAAAACCUGUUGUCGCCAUCUCCCUGCCCAACGGACCUCUGCUUGCCCUCACAGUCCUGGCCACAGCCACAUAUUGCACAGCAGCUCCUCUCGCACACGGCAGUGGUGUAGGGGCAGAGCAGUUCAAGAGUGAUGCGCUGCAAUCUGCAGCCAGCUUCAUCAUGGCAUCGGCGGCAGAUGUGGAAAGGCUGGGACUUCGGAGUUCAUGGCUGGUUGAGGCCAACGUUGAGGUAAUUUUGGUGGAAUUGACGCCCGAUAUGUGCAUCGAGGUCAGGUCCUUGGACGGUACAGCAGCGCCAACAAGUCCGACUACAAGCCUCACACCGAACGGUGCAGACGAUACCGGUGUACUGCUCUUCACUUCCGGCACCUCUGGCACGAAGAAGCUCGUACCAUUGACCAUACACUCCAUGGUCUGCGGUGUCGCCAUGGUAGUCGAGUCGUGGGGUCUGUCGCCUUCAAUGCGCUGCUUGAACCAGAUGCCUCUGAACCACGUCGGUGGGCUGGUUCGGAACCUCUUCGCACCACUUCUCUCCGGCGGCUCAGUCAUGUGCUGCAGUGCGUUCGACGCGAAUCUGUUCUGGGAUUGUGUGGAGGACUACGCACCGACUUGGUACUAUGCCUCGCCGAGUAUGCAUCAAUGCAUUCUCGAGGCUGCAGAAGAUAGGCCUGAGGCUUUGUCUAAGAGCCAGAUCCGACUGGUCUGCAACGCGGCCGGAGGACUUCUGCCCAGUCUGGCGUGUCGCUUGCGGGAUACAUUCGACUGUACUGUCCUGCCCAGCUAUGGCAUGACGGAGUGCAUGCCGAUCUCCACGCCACCGCAAGACUAUCUUCUGGACAAGCCUGGAACUUCCGGCAUCGGCAUUGGUCCCGAAAUCGCCGUACUUGAUGGCAACGAGAAGAAGAUCGGUCCUGGCUCUAUUGGCCGUAUCGCUGUUCGUGGUCAGCCAGUGUUCGCCGGCUACCUCAGAGGCGACGUGCUCGACAAGUCCUGCUUCACCGCCGACGGCUGGUUUGACACAGGCGACAUGGGCUACUUGGAUAACGAAGGAUAUCUGUACAUCACAGGCCGAAGCAAGGAAGUCAUCAACCGUGGCGGCGAGCUCAUCAGCCCCUUCGAGGUCGAGGAAGCCGUCGUCGCUACGAGUGCGGACCCGUCAUCGCCGACCCACGGCAGGGUCGGCAAGGCAUUGGCGUUCUCUGUGCCCCACGAUGUUCUCCAGGAAGUCGUGGGCAUCUGCAUCGUUACACCUGCUGGAGCGGAACGUACAUCCCUACGGGGAAUUCAAGCGGCUCUAAAGAACGUUCUUGCGCAGGUGAAGAUACCUUCGGCUGUGGUGUUCAUGGAUAAUGGACUGCCUGUGAAUAAUAACAAGGUUCUUCGCAUCAGGCUUGCUGAGCGGUUGGGUUUGCCUGAGUUGUCGGAUGCUACGCCCUUCCGGGAACGACACUUCGAAGCAGCCGGUCCUCCUGCAAACACACCACUCUCCGAGACUAUUGAAUGUCGGCGAAUUGACGUCGAAGAUGAUGAUGCGACUGGAGACGAGCUCCUUGAGCCUGGCCUGGCGGAUGGUACGACUUCGAGCUUGACGCUGACUGAGCGCGCGAUAGCAAAGAUGUUCGCACAAGUGUUGAGCGUACCGGAGCAGAGUCUCGCUCCUGAGGCAGACUUCUUCCAUCUGGGCGGCGACAGCAUGCGAGCAGGUCGCCUCUUGUCCUUGCUCAGGAAGGAAUUCAAGUCAAGGCUCACGAUCGAUCAGCUGUUUGCUAACUCAACUAUUGGCGCACUGGCUUCGCUGCUUGGUGACAUGACGCCGGAGCCUACUAAGCCGACCAUGAACACACCCAGUGACGCACCAUUCAUGGAUACCCUGCUUCCUGGUUGCGAGAAGACCUACAGCUCCACCAACCCGCUCGUGCUCAUGCUGCAAUUAUUUCCGCUCUGCCUGUUCUACCCAAUGAAACGAGCCUUCACCUGGACCGUCUUCAUCUACUGCCUCUCAUGGUCGCUCGGCUUGAACACAAGCGCCACGAUUCCUGGCCGUCUUCUCGUUCUGGUCGUCUCCAUGUUCAUCGCUCGCACCAUUACCAGAAUCUUGGCUCCUCUCCUUGCUAUCGCCUUCAAAUGGUUGGUCAUCGGACGCUACAAAGAAGGCUUGUAUCCCAUGUGGGGACGAUACCACACUCGCUGGUGGCUCUGUCAGAAAGCGAUCCAAACCACCGGUAUGGGCGUCUGGGGUUCUUUCAACUGGAGCAGAUGUUUCUUCUAUCGUGCGCUUGGUGCGAAGAUUGGCAAGAAUGUCACGUUGAACAAGGGUGCGACACUUGGAGAGUACGAUCUUUUGACGAUUCAAGACAGCGUGAAUCUUGAGCGAUGCACUGUGCGACCUUUCGCUGCUGAGCGCAACACUUCGAUGUAUCUUGGUCGGAUCACGCUUGGUCGCAAAUCAUCAGUCGGUCUCGGAUCCGUCGUCGCUGCUGGCACCAACGUGCCCGCAAACGCUUGCAUCGGCCCCAACUCAUCAAGCUGGGAGGUCGAGGACGCCAGCGAGGCAAACAGAGACCUGGCCUCGAGCAAGAUUCCAGGCGCGCACUGGGCUCUCAACCUCUUCCUUGGCCUUCCUUUGCAGUUCGCCUCAAUGUUCAUCGGUUCUAUCCUCUGGCUCGGUUGCCUGGCUGCGCUGGUAUACAACGACCUCAAUUUCUCCAUCGCUGAUCCGCUCCGCUCCAUCAUCUUAUGGUUCGCCACACCAGAGCGGGUUGGACUGCAUUACGCUGCAAUGGCAGCGAAUGCCGCGCUAGGGCCGCUCUUCUUCUUCGCCGCUGUACUCGUUAUAAAGAAGGCAUUCGACCUCUGCUGUGGAUCAGCGCAGCGCGGCCAUGCCAGUUCCUUCUCUCAGAUGACGAAGUUCCGCCGUCAAUUGAUCCGAACGUUGCUGCCAGCGCCUCGCUUUCGUAAGCUAACUGAGCUAUUCGGGACCCAUUACGAGGCUACCUCGAUCUUCAUGCGAGCGAUGGGUGCAAAGGUCGGCAAGCAGGUGUACUGGCCAGGCACUGGGCCUUCGAUCCAGGACUACGACCUUGUGGAGGUCGGUGACGAUGUCGUUUUCGGCUCGAGGUCUCAUCUUGUUACUUCUGAUGCCACUGGAAGCGAGCCCAUUCGCAUCAAGUCUUUUGCCACGGUCGCUGAUCGUGUUGUGCUUUUACCUGGUAUCGAGCUUGGGGAGAAGACUAUCAUGGGCAGUGGCGCUCUGACGAGGCGGAACGCGCAGUACGCUGAUGAGACGACUUGGGUCGGGAGCAAGAAGGGCGAGUGCAUCUGCUUGUCCGCACCAGCCGGUCGAAAGGAGUCGCAGGCCUCAUCAGCUUCAUCUCCUGUUAUCGCAAGCUUCAACUCGAGCAGCACCACACUCGCAGCCAGGAACAACGACUACCGCGUUUGGAACCAGCUCGAGAUCUUCCUGUAUUCAACCCUCAUCACCAUCGCCACAGCAAUCUACUGGAACAUCGGCUCCAUCUCCGGGACCCAAAUCAUCGCACACCUCAUGACACACAACCCAGCCUCCUUGUCCGCCCUCUCCCUCACCCCAUCCUCCCCAGCUCGCCCCGUAGCCUUCUACGGCCUCUUCCUUCUCUGGACCAUCCUCAUCACAACCCUCCAAUCCCUGCUCGUCCUCGUCUUCCUCAUUGCCGCCAAGUGGAUCUUGAUGGGCCGACGCAAGCCAGGGAAUUACUCCUGGGACACCUCACCGUACUGCCAGCGCUGGCAGCUGUACCUCAAACUCGAAUCUCUGCGCCGGAACUGCUACGGCGGCAAUGGCAUUCUGGGCUUACUGACUGGGACGCAUUACAUCGUGCUCUACUUCCGCGCUCUCGGCGGAAGCAUCGGGAAAGACUGCUCGCUCUUCGCUGGCGGACUGCCGAGUUUGCUCUUCACUGAACCCGACUUACUUACUCUCGGAGAAAGGGUGAGCGUGGAUGAUGCUAGUCUGGUGGCACAUAUCAAUACCCGUGGGAAAUUCGAUCUCAAUCCGCUGUCGGUCGGAGACAGGAGCGUUUUGCGGUCUGGGUCGCGGUUGUUGAGCGGUGCGCGGAUGGAGGAGGAUUCCUGUUUGCUGGAGCAUACGCUUGUGAUGGCGGGGGAUGUGGUGGAGGCUGGGGAGACGAUGCAGGGGUGGCCGGCAGAGGAGUUUCGGGGGGAGACGAUGCCGACGUUGAGGAAGAGGAUGGGGUGGUCGGUGUAG